AUGACACCCGAAAAAAGAAGAACCCAUGAAAGCUUAAAAAUUCAAGAGAGGAUGUUGGGGAAAAAAAUUACGCAGUCUAUUGGUUGGGAAAACUUUAAAGAUGUAUUUAUGGUAUCUGCAAUCCAUAAUCUUGGUUCAUCAGAUAUCGAGGAUUACCUGUUACAAAAAAGCAAACCAUCUCCUUGGAUAUUUCCCAAAGAUGUAUUGACUGAUAAAGAAGACCACAAAUUAGUACUACACAUGAUAGAGUCAACAUUGUAUGAUUUUUUACCCAAUGAAGUUCCGUACAACUUAAAAGUGGAAAUGGAAUAUUAUGAAGUUUCUAGGGAAGGAAAUAUACAUAUUGUUGUAUUAGUUCAUUGCAAUACACCAAGAAUAGAGAAGCUGGUGAUGGGAAAAAGAGGCAGUCGUAUCAGGAACAUUGCUAUGAAAUCUGAACAACACCUUAGAAAUCUGUUUUUAACUGAUGUUUUCCUGAAAAUGGUUGUCACAGAUAAACCAAAAUAUUCUGCACAACACAUGGCAGAUACUUUAAGUCAGUAA